AUGGGAGUCGCCUAUUUUGCCACCACUCCCGCCAAACCACACGGCUACUUCCUGUCUUUCACCUCCAUCCUCGAGCCGAUCUGUGCAAAGACAUUUGGAGCUAAACCCAAGUGUCUUCGAGUUAGAAGUCACAUUGUUGUCCUCUUUGAGUGGACACUCCGCAGAAAGCAAGACGCAGGAAAGGACAAAACCUCUUCCAAAGGCUCGACACCCGGCUCAAGUACACCACGAAUCAGAGUGGCCCCGAAAGCUAAAUAUGCUGUCGCCGCAGUCUCAACUAUCCCAGCAAUCAUUUUCAAAGAUGGCACGAGAUACUUCUCUUGUACUCCGUCAUCUCGAUCAGCUCCUGAUGAUUCAAUCCGAGGAAAGAGAAGGAAUAGAGAGAAAAGAGUACGGCGACGACGAGUUUGGGCUGUUGUCCAUUUCUUCAUCGUCUGUGGCGACGUGCUCGACUCGUUCCCCGCAUACACGGUCUUCGCGAGGAAACCUAUCUCGUCCACCACAAGCAUAUUUGUGCAGCAUCGCGAGUGCGUCGACGACCCCGGCGAGCUCGAAGGGCCUGCUGUGCUCUCGGAUAGUCUAGACGAGUUGUAA